ACUGUUACCAUCAGCAGUUUAUUGAUUGGCUAAAACUAAUGUAACCUUAGUUGAGGCGGUAUGUUCGUAAUUGGUGUUUGCAAUAAAAUUAAUUAGUCACAAUCUAAUUUUUAACAAAGUGCUUCGAUAAAGAAUUUUUUUCGUAUAUUCAAAAAAAUUUAAAGCAAACUGUAUAAUCAUACAAAUACAGCUAUCACCAUGAUGCUGGGGAGAAAACAGAGCCUGAAAGGGGAGAUGCUGCAGGCCGAUUACGGACCAGAGGAAUCUCUGAAUGAAAGUGCGGAAAUCGAGUGGGUUAAUAUGCUGUGGGUGCGUCGCCUCAUGAGGUUCUGCGCGCUGCUGAGCCUGCUGUCUGUCAGCCUCAACACCCCCAAGACGUUCGAGAGGCAUCCUCCCCUCCAGUACAUCACCUUCUGCUGCGACCUGGUCAUCACGUUCCUCUUCACCGCGGAGAUGAUAGCCAAGAUGCACAUUCGGGGCAUUCUGCGGGGCGACGUCCCGUACCUGAAGGACCACUGGUGCCAGUUUGACGCCAGCAUGGUGUUCUUCCUGUGGGUGUCCGUCAUCCUGCAGAUGUUUGAGAUGCUGAGCAUCGUGCCUCGGUUCAGCUACUUGUCCAUCCUGAGGGCGCCUCGCCCCCUCAUCAUGAUCCGCUUCAUACGCGUCUUCCUGAAGUUCUCCAUGCCCAAGUCUCGCAUCAACCAGAUAUUCAAACGAUCGAGCCAGCAGAUUUACAAUGUCACGUUAUUCUUCCUCUUCUUCAUGUCCCUGUAUGGACUGCUGGGUGUCCAGUUCUUCGGUGAACUGAAGAACCACUGUGUCCUCAACAGCACUGACCCUGACCACAUCACUAUCAACAGUCUGGCCAUCCCUGACACAUUCUGCUCUGUGGAUCCAGACUCCGGCUACCAGUGUCCUGUUGGCAUGAAGUGCAUGAAACUGAACUUUUCUCGAUACAUCAUGGGCUUCAAUGGCUUCGAUGAAUUUGGGACCAGCUUCUUCACGGUGUACCAGGCAGCGUCCCAGGAGGGCUGGGUGUUCAUCAUGUACCGCGCCAUCGACAGCCUGCCCGGCUGGCGGGCGGCGCUCUACUUCAGCACCAUGAUCUUCUUCCUGGCGUGGCUGGUGAAGAACGUGUUCAUAGCGGUGAUCACGGAGACCUUCAACGAGAUACGCGUGCAGUUCCAGCAGAUGUGGGGGGUACGCGGCCACAUCGCCAGCUCCUCCGCCUCGCAGCUGCUGACGGGCAACGACAGCGGCUGGAAGCUGGUGACGCUGGACGAGAACAAGCACGGCGGCAUGGCGCCGGAGGCGUGCCAUGCGAUCCUGCGCUCCGCCACCUUCCGCCUGCUCGUCAUGUGCGUGAUCCUGGCCAACGGGGUGGUCACCGCCACCAUGCACUUCAAGCACGACGAGCGGCCCCGCCACGUCUUCUACGAGAAGUACUACUACAUUGAGGUUGCCUUCACCAUAUUCCUGGACCUGGAGACGCUGUUCAAGAUCUGGUGCCUGGGGUUCCGCGGCUACUACAAGCACUCCAUACACAAGUUCGAGCUGCUGCUGGCCGUGGGGACCACCCUGCACAUCUUCCCUGCUCUCUACUUGUCGGGCCUCACCUACUUCCAGGUGCUCCGCAUCGUCCGGCUGAUCAAGGCGUCGCCCAUACUGGAGGACUUCGUGUACAAGAUAUUCGGUCCAGGAAAGAAGCUGGGGAGCCUUAUCAUCUUCACCAUGUGCCUGCUGAUCAUCUCAUCCAGCAUUUCUAUGCAGCUGUUCUGUUACCUCUGCGACUUCACCAAGUUCGAGAGCUUCCCGGAGGCAUUCAUGUCCAUGUUCCAAAUCCUGACCCAAGAGGCCUGGGUGGAGGUGAUGGAUGAAACUAUGCUGCGGACUAGAAAGACUCUGACGCCGCUAGUUGCAGUCUACUUUAUUCUCUACCACUUGUUCGUCACAUUGAUCGUGCUGAGCUUGUUCGUGGCCGUGAUCCUGGACAACCUGGAGCUGGACGAGGACAUCAAGAAGCUGAAGCAGCUCAAGUUCCGGGAGCAGAGCGCCGAGAUCAAGGAGACCCUGCCGUUCCGGCUGCGCAUCUUCGAGAAGUUCCCCGACAGCCCUCAGAUGACGUGCCUGCACAAGGUUCCCUCCGACUUCAACCUGCCCAAGGUACGAGAAAGCUUCAUGCGCCAGUUUGUGUUUGAGGUGGAAGAAGAGAAGCAGGAGGGCAGUGUGAAGAAGGUGUACGAAGCGUUUGACUCGAAGAUGGUGUAUCGCAAGAAGAGGCCUGUCAAGAUCCUCACCAACACGCCCAAAGUGCGCAGUGUCAGCACCAAUCUGCGCAAGGCGGCCGUCAACUACAUCAUCAACGACUCCAACAACCAGCGACUGCUGCUCGGAGACUCAGCGAUGAUACCUGUCCCGGGUGGCAAGAGUCCGCUCAAGCCUCAGGGGACGGUCAGCAGUGCGAAACAGCUUCGUUUCGAUCAGAAGAAUUGUUUGCGCAGGUCCAUUCGCCGGAGCGUUCGUAGCCCAUCCAUCAAACUGAAGCAGACGUACGAGCACCUCAUGGAGAACGGUGACAUCGGGGCGACGAACCGCGUGAGCUCUUCCAGGAGUCGGCCCCAGGACCUGGACAUCAAGUUGUUGCAGGCCAAGCGACAGCAAGCGGAAAUGAGGAGGAACCAGCGGGAGGAGGACCUGCGAGAGAACCACCCUUUCUUCGACACGCCGCUGUUCGCCGUCCCGAGGGAGAGCAAGUUCCGCAAGAUCUGCCAGCUGAUAGUGUACGCCCGUUACGACGCGCGCCUCAAAGAUCCUCUCACCGGCAAGGAGCGCAAAGUCCAGUACAAGCGUUUGCACAACUUCCUGGGGCUGGUGACGUACCUGGACUGGGUGAUGAUCUUCGUGACAACGCUGUCGUGCAUCUCCAUGAUGUUCGAGACGCCCAGCUACCGCGUGAUGGACGAGCCGCUGCUCCAGAUAGCCGAGUACGGCUUCGUGAUCUUCAUGAGCCUGGAGCUCGCCCUGAAGAUCCUCGCCGACGGCCUCUUCUUCACGCCGAAGGCUUACAUCAAGGACGUGGCCUCCAUGCUGGACGUCUUCAUUUACGUGGUCAGCCUGGUCUUCCUGUGCUGGAUGCCGAGGAACGUCCCCCCAAACUCUGGGGCCCAGCUGCUCAUGAUCCUGCGCUGUGUGCGGCCGCUCAGGAUAUUCACGCUGGUCCCGCACAUGCGCAAGGUUGUGUAUGAGCUGUGUCGUGGCUUCAAGGAGAUACUGCUGGUGUCGAUCCUCCUCAUCGUGCUGAUGUUCGUGUUUGCGAGCUACGGGGUGCAGUUGUUCGGGGGCCGGCUGGCCCGGUGCAACGACCCCACCAUCGCGCGGCGCGAGGACUGCGUGGGGGUGUUCCUGAGGCGCGUCUUCGUCACCAAGAUGAAGCUCCAGCCGGGGGAGGACGAGUCGUACCCCGCCAUGCUGGUGCCGCGGGUCUGGGCUAAUCCUCGUAGGUUUAAUUUCGACAAUAUUGGGGAUGCCAUGCUGGCUCUCUUCGAAGUGCUGUCCUUCAAGGGCUGGCUCGAUGUCAGGGACGUGCUGAUCAAGGCCCUGGGACCGGUUCAUGCUAUCUACAUACACAUCUACAUCUUCCUGGGCUGCAUGAUUGGCUUGACGUUAUUUGUCGGCGUUGUGAUCGCCAAUUAUUCUGAAAACAAGGGGACAGCACUACUGACAGUUGACCAGAGGCGUUGGUGCGAUCUCAAGAAGAGACUGAAGAUAGCUCAGCCGCUGCACCUGCCACGACGGCCGGACGGGAAGAAGAUACGCGCGCUGAUGUACGACAUCACACAGAACAUCAUGUUCAAGCGUUUCAUCGCGGUGACGGUGCUCAUCAACAGCAGCCUCCUGUGUGUGUCGUGGCGAGAAGACAAGGCCCACACCCGCCUCCUGGCCACGGUGAGCACCGUCCUCACGGUCGUAUUCGUGGUCGAGGUGGUGAUGAAGAACAUAGCCUUCCUGCCGCACGGCUACUGGCAGUCGCGGCGCAACCGCUACGACCUGCUGGUGUCCGUGCUGGGGGUCAUGUGGGUCUUCAUCAACGCCACCUUGCAGAACGACCUGUCGUACUCCAUUGGCUUCAUGGUGGUCAUACUGCGGUUCUUCACCAUCACGGGCAAGCACGCCACUCUGAAGAUGCUCAUGCUGACCGUUGGUGUGUCCGUGUGCAAGAGCUUCUUCAUCAUCUUCGGCAUGUUCCUGCUCGUCUUCUUCUACGCCCUCGCUGGCACCAUCCUCUUUGGGACCGUCAAGUACGGAGAGGGAAUCGGCAGGCGGGCGAACUUUGAGUCCCCGGUGACGGGCGUGGCGAUGCUGUUCCGCAUCGUGACCGGGGAGGACUGGAACAAGAUCAUGCACGACUGCAUGGUCCAGCCCCCGUACUGCACCCCGGCCGACAACUACUGGGAGACAGACUGCGGCAACUUCACCGCCUCCCUCGUCUACUUCUGCUCCUUCUACGUCAUCAUCACCUACAUCAUGCUCAACCUGCUGGUCGCCAUUAUCAUGGAGAACUUCUCGCUGUUCUACUCGAACGAGGAGGACGCCCUGUUGUCCUACGCCGACAUACGGAACUUCCAGAACACGUGGAACAUGGUCGACAUCCACCAGCGGGGCGUGAUCCCGGUCCUCAGGGUGAAGUUCAUCCUGCGACUGCUGAAGGGGAGGCUGGAGGUGGACCCCCAGAAGGACCGGCUCCUCUUCAAGCACAUGUGCUACGAGCUGGAGAAGCUGCACAACGGGGAGGACGUCACCUUCCACGAUGUGCUCAACAUGCUGUCGUACCGGUCCGUCGACAUCCGCAAGGCCCUGCAGCUGGAGGAGCUGCUGGCGCGGGAGGAGUUUGAGUACAUCAUCGAGGAGGAGGUGGCCAAGCAGACCAUCCGCAACUGGCUGGAGGGCUGCCUCAAGAAGAUCCGGGCCGGCGCCAUCAGCAAGCAGCACAACAGCCUGAUAGACAGCCUGCGCGCCACCAACACGGAGCUGGUCGCCGCGCCGGACCACGGACAGGAGGAGGGUCAGUCCAAGGACAGCAGCCAGGAGCGCGACAGCGAGGGGGAGCCCAAGGACGCAGAGGGCAGAGCGGCAAGAGCCAGCAAGAAGAACGUGGUCAUCCCUCGGUCAGACAGUUUGGGCAGCACCUCCGGGCGCAAGUACUUGGCUCCGACCCUUUCCGACCCGUCCGUUCGCACCGAGAAGGAGCGCUCAGGGCUGAAGAAGAGGAACAACCGGUCGCAGAGCAGCAGCAAGAACAACCUGCCUCACCUGACCGAAGGAACGGAGCCCGGGAGGCCGCAGCACGAGCCGCUCGCGAACAAGACGAACAUCUCGCGGGUGUCGAGCGUCAUGCUGGAGAUCAGGGAUUGGUGGAACGAGCAGCUGUCCUACAACACUCAGUCCAGCGACGAGGAGUAGCGCGGGGCCAGGCGGGUGAAGAUGCGUGCCAUACCUGAACAUCUGUCAACCAUUAGUGUCACCUUACGAUACUGUUGAUUACAGUUGCAGCUACAAUUCUGUUUGUCAUUAAAAGUCUGUACACGAAAAGUUCGUUGACAAAAAUACGGAUCUAACCUAGUGUCACUCCUUUAAGACCUACAACCCGAAUCUUAUGUUUUUAUCAUGGAGUCAGGUAAACAAACUGGGGCGUCUAAGAUGGAAAUUAGAGACAAUCACUGUUCUGACCCAGUCCCCAGACUGCGGACAUCUCCAUAAAAAUUGGCUUUCGAGUAUUUCCGACCAGUCAACCACUGUCACACUGAGACAAACAAUGUGUAACACCUGGGAGUAUGCAUACAAAUAUACC